GUUAAGGAGUUUGACACAAAAUCUUUCCUCUCACAAAUUUGUCUUUUUGGUCAUACUUGAAGAUACUUCAGAUAAAAUGGAAACAGCUGUGACUCAUUUCAUCCUCCUGGCAGUCAUCUCAGGUUUAACCAAAGGAAGUGGUGUGUUGCCAGAUGAACUGACUGCAGCUGUUGGAGGAGAAGUGAUGUUCACCACAACAGUGACUCCAACAGAAACACCAUUUCAUUCAGUUAGCUGGAAUUUUGUUUUAAACAGUAUAGAAAGACCAAUAAUAACCUCCUUCGGUUUUUCAAACAGCAUUGCACCAGAGUAUGAAGGCAGGAUCACAUUCUACAAAUCUACUAGAUCUCUGAAGCUCAUGGAUCUGACUCUUAAUGACAUUGGACAGUACAGAGUUAGUAUUAAACCAUAUGUAGGACAAACGACAUCAGGACUCACUGAACUGAAAAUGCUUGAGCCAGUCUCCAAUGUAAAGAUAACUGCCAACAGCACAGAUUUGAUUGAGUUCAGCUCUGUCAGUCUGUCCUGCUCUUCUUCUGGAUUCUCUCCUUCUUUCCUCUGGCUGAACGGCAGCUCUGAGGUUACAGCCAGUGAGAGAGUUCAGUUCACUAAUGGAGGCCGUACUCUCACUAUCAUCAGUGUGACCCGCUAUGACCAGAGACCAUUGGUCUGUAGAGUGUCCAAUGCUGUCAGUGGUGUCACCAGUAAUCCAGUAAAUCUUAACAUCAACUAUGGCCCAGAAAACACUCGUUUGAAGUUAUUUCCAUCUCAAGACCACUAUGUGCAAGGGUCAACCAUCAGCUUGUCUUGCUCAGCUGUCUCCAGACCUUCUGCUCAGUUUCAGUGGUUUCUGAAUGGAGGCCUGCUGUCUGGUUCUGGAUCAAAGCUCACACUGACGAACAUUCAGAUGAGUCAGAGUGGGGACUACAGCUGUAGGGCCUUUAACAGCAAAACUCGAAGAUAUCAAAUAUCUCUGCCUUCAGCUAUAACCGUAGUGGCACAAGUCUCCAAUGUAAGGGUAACUGCCAGCAGCUCAGACUUGGUGGAGUUCAGCUCUGUCCGUCUGUCCUGCUCUUCUUCUGGAUCCUCUCUCUCUUUCCUCUGGAUGAACGGCAGCUCUGAGGUUACAGCCAGUGAGAGAGUUCAGUUCACUGAUGGAGGCCGUACUCUCACUAUCAUCAAUGUGACCCGCUAUGAUCAGGGACCAUUCAGGUGUCAUGUGUCCAAUCCUGUCAGUGAUGACACCAGCGAUCCAAUAGAAAUUACCAUCAGCUUUGGCCCAGAAAACAUCAUUUUGAAGUUAUCUCCAUCACAAGAACACCAUGUGAAAGGGUCAACUAUCAGGCUGUCCUGUUCAGCUGCCUCCAGACCCCCUGUUGAUUUUCAGUGGUUUCUGAAUGGAGACCUGCUGUCUGAUAGUGGACCAGAACUCACACUGAUGAAUUUUCAGAUGAAUCAGAGUGGGGACUACACCUGUCAGGCCUUUAACUACAAAAUUAUGAGAUAUCAAACAUCUCAACCUUCAGCUGUAACUGUACUGGAGAGAGUAUCUAAUACUUCAAUCAUACCUUCAACACAGCUGAUUGAGGGGAAGUCUGUCAGCCUGACCUGUGAUGGUGCUGGCUCCAUCUUUACCAGAGAGUGGAUGAAGGACGGCUCACCAUUGACUCAGACUGACAACAUGAUACUUUAUGAUACAAACAGAGUGUUGUCUUUUAUCUCUCUGAAGAGAACAGACAGUGGAGAAUAUGUGUGUAAAAUCAGCAACCACGUCAGCAAUGAUGAAGCUAAUUACAGCAUGAUUGUUAACUAUGGACCAGAAAAUAUUCAAAUCACAGGACCAAGUGAGAUAAACGUGAAACAGACCUUAACAUUAACCUGCUCUGCUGCGUCUACACCAUCUGCCAGUUACACCUGGUUACUGAAUGGGACAAUUAUAUUAUACAACUCUGCUGUGUUCACUAAAAACAUGACUGAACUGUCUGACAGUGGCUUCUACACCUGUCGAGCACUGAAUGAAAUAACUGGGAGAACACGAUUUGCAGGUCAUCUAUUGAUUGUAACAGAACGAGACUUUCCUGUGUAUGAGAACCAGUCAGACCUAUUUUGA